AUGGCCAAAGUUUUCUUAUUGAUGAUGGGCGGACCCGGUGCUGGAAAAGGGACACAAUGCGACAAUGUAGUGAAGUACCUUCAUUCCUCAGUCCACAUCUCGACUGGUGACAUAUUGCGAGCGGAGAUCAAGGCCGAGAGUGAAAUUGGUCUUAAAGUGAAAUCGAUCAUCGCCAACGGGCAAUUAGUCUCGUCCGAAAUCAUCGCCGAGAUGCUCGACAAAUUCAUCAAGGAGAACACUAAAGAGGUUAUUGUCUUUGACGGAUACCCAAGGACUCUUGAUCAACUCGACCACCUUACCGAACAAGCCAAAUUGUACAACGCGAAACUCAUCGUCGUCAACUUGGAAAUCCCAGACAAUGUGAUGACUGAAAGAAUUCUUUCAAGAGGAAAGACAAGCGGCAGAGCUGAUGACAAUGCAGACGCUGCAAAAAAGAGACUUGAAGUCUACCACGAACAAAGUGACAGCAUCAUUAAAGCCGUUAAAGAAAGAAAAGUCCCAUACUACGGUAUCGAAAACUUAGGAACUAUUCGCGAGGUCUUUGAGGAUAUUACUUCAGUCUUCAAGAAGAUUGACUUACACUAA